AUGGGCGCAAUCUAUUUUGACAUGCUUUCUAUUUUAGUCUUCCUUUUCUACAUAUACGAUGUAACACUUUGUUCUACAUACCAUAUUGGUGAAUCGGUAAAGAAGACGCGAUGCAAAUUUUGUAGCAGUGGGCAUGACAUGAAGAAUUUCCCUCCUGGGAAUAACGAAUGGGAGUGGGAAAUUUCAACGAACAAAGUGAACUUUACGAGUAGGGGGAAGAAGGGGAAAUCGCUAAUACAAGCAAAAGAUCAAGAAAAAGAAGAAGAAAAGGAUUUUUUAACCUUAACAUUAAAUGAACAGAAUUUCAGGUGGAGUAUUCCGUUAAAGAUGGGAUCAAAAAAAACGCCCGUUAAUUUAGCUAUUGUUACGUCUACUGUUAUAAGUGCUCUUUACUGUUCAUACAAUUCUACUUCAGGUGAUGAAAUGGGAAAUGUAAAGUAUGACGUGAAUGCAUCAGAAGAUGUUAAAUACGUGAAUUGUAAUAGUGAGAAGUGCACUGAUAUAGGUCAAAAUAAUACUUGUGAUACACUUGAAAAUUAUUUUAAAUUGAUACAUGAUUUUAGUUUACGAAAAAAAAAUUGUACCAAGAGAUUUUGUAACUAUGUAAAUGAUAUGAAUUUUUUAAACUUAAAGAAUAAAAUAGAUGAUAGAAAUAUGUCUGUCUGUUCAUUCAAAUCAACACUUGGCUCAGACAAAGUACAAGGUUUUUAUUUUGAAGAUUCGUUCGAUAUUUUCAAUAACAGAUGUGAUUAUAGUUAUUUCGGUUGUAUAACACAGGCUGAUGCUUUGAAAUUUAAUGAUGUUAUAUCUGGAUUUAUAGGAUUAGCGUAUGAUAAUAAGAAUCCUACUAGUGGUCAUGUAAGUAAAUUUCCUAGCAUAUUAAAUACCUUUAUUCAAAAAUCCUCGUCUAAAAAAAACAUCUUUGGAUUAUGCUUCGUUGAAAAAGGAGGUUUUGCUUCCUUUGGUGGUUUUAAUCAUAAAGCUUUAACAAAAAUAUCUCGUUUAUCAAAAUCUAAAAUACGUACUAAAGAUAUGGAAGGAGAAGAAGAGGGAUAUGCAGGAAUGUCUGAUUUUGAUAUUUCAAAUUAUAUUACGUGGAUCUAUUAUUCAGAGUUACACAAAGAUACAUACAAGCUUCAUUUAAAAGAAGUAAAUAUGAUCUCGGGGUCGGAAACGGUGGAAAAUACUCUGAAUGAGGUUGCCAUCGUAGAUUCGUACAACUACUUCUUGUCAUUCCCUGCUGCAACCACUGCAAAGUUGAAAGCUGCUAUUCACAAAUCCUGCACUGGCGAAGGGAACAUUUGCUCAGAGAUCAAUGAUAAGGGAAUUUUUACAUUAAGAAAACAAAAUAUAGAAAAUUUUCCCAAAAUAGAGAUUUUUUUUGAAGAUGAGGAGGUGAUACUUGAACCUAAUGACUAUAUAAUACACGAAGGCGAAGGUGUAUACAGGGUGUUGAUAAAUUCUUCGAAUGUGCUCAGCUUGGGCAUUCCCUUUUUUCUGAACAAAUAUCUCAUCUUCGAUAACGAAAAUGGGAAACUUGGAGUAAGUCGAUCUGAUUGCCAUUCAGAAGUGUUGGAUGACGAUACCUCUGGAGUUGUUUUACCCCCGGUAGUGAAGAACCCAUUGGAACAGGAUACUCAUUUGGAUCCUGUGGAGAAAAAAGGUUUUUUUCAGGAAAAUAAAGCCAUCAUAAUGGGCCUUGGUGCUUUGACCUUUGUAGGAGGAAUCACUGGAGGCUUUUUUUUCUUUGUUUGA